AUGACCCCUGUCGUGUCCAUCGUCACUCUCCACCACCCCCAGCAGCACUCAAGGCGCCCUCGCUCGCACACCCUCCCCGUUCUGCCUUUGCCGCAGACUCAAUCCUCGACUCCUACGACAUUGGGUGGGAGUCUGGCAAGGGCCCCAAUCCGAUCGACACCACAAAGCCUCCAAAGUCCAACCAAAAGGGCCAAAGAGGGCAUCCCAUUUGCAACUGGUCCUGAGUACCGCAGAUCGCGACAACUUGGCCGCCUGUAA